AAACGCGUAGAAUAGUCUCAUUGGCCCUCGUCGAUGGGACAAUCCAGUGUAUGCGUUACAAGGCAACUAGCAUUUAGUUCGUGAAAGAAUGUUUCGUUGGAAAAACCAACGCCGACGUCAAGAUCAGUCUCCUUUCUCUUUUCGGGAGCAGAGCUGAAAAAGAUGGGAAAUUCCAAUGAUUCUUCGUUCAUUAGAAUGUCGAUUCCUCACAAUCGCUCUUUGUGAUGCUGCGGAACCAUGGCAAUUAGGAUCUCAAGACGCAGCAACACCUAUGAUGCAAGGAAUCAUUGACUUACAUCACGAUAUCUUUUUCUUCCUCAUUCUUAUUUUGGUUUUCGUAUCACGGAUGUUGGUUCGCGCUUUAUGGCAUUUCAACGAGCAAACUAAUCCAAUCCCACAAAGGAUUGUUCAUGGAACUACUAUCGAAAUUAUUCGGACCAUAUUUCCAAGUGUCAUUCUUUUGUUCAUUGCUAUACCAUCGUUUGCUCUGUUAUACUCAAUGGACGGGGUAUUAGUAGAUCCAGCCAUUACUAUCAAAGCUAUUGGACAUCAAUGGUAUCGGAUCAAGUUUGGGGGGAGGCGGGCGUCGACCCAACCUUAUGAGUAUUCGGACUAUAACAGUUCCGAUGAACAGUCACUCACUUUUGACAGUUAUACGAUUCCAGAAGAUGAUCCAGAAUUGGGUCAAUCACGUUUAUUAGAAGUUGACAAUAGAGUGGUUGUACCAGCCAAAACUCAUCUACGUAUGAUUGUAACACCCGCUGAUGUACCUCAUAGUUGGGCUGUACCUUCCUCAGGUGUCAAAUGUGAUGCUGUACCUGGUCGUUCAAAUCUUACCUCCAUCUCGGUACAACGAGAAGGAGUUUACUAUGGUCAGUGCAGUGAGAUUCGUGGAACUAAUCAUGCCUUUACGCCUAUCGUCGUAGAAGCAGUGACUUUGAAAGAUUAUGCGGAUUGGGUAUCCAAUCAAUUAAUCCUCCAAACCAACUAAACCGGGGAAGCUGAAGCGGAAAUGCAAUUCUCGGGUGAGGGAAGGGGGAAGCUCCAGGAAGGCUUCGCUCGCUCGCUCAAAAAGCUCUAACGCUCGUUUACGAGUGGAGUGCAUAAGCCCUUAUUGAAGUAGGGUGAGGCCUUACUACACGAGCUCGUAAGUCAAGCACGGAACGAGCCUUGUCUACGAAGCUUCGCUUCAUCAUCUUGCUUGCUUCUGGCGAAGCUUAACGCACUAUAACAUAGGCAUGCAUGAUGGUAUGGUAGGAAGACUCCUUUUAAGGCCGACCACUACAUAGGAGCGAUAGGAAGCCAAGCCGUCAAAAGGAAAGGCGAGCAGCCCUUAUUGCAAUAGCAAACGGCCUACUUAUAGCCCUAUUUAUACCCUUUCUCGGGGACUUCAACGGGCCUUACAAGCUCAAUAAAUUGCAAUUCUUCACCUUUUCCUCAGACAGUGGGAAUGCAUUUUCUUACUUGAUUGACAUUGACAGAUAUGUGUACCACACCGAACAAGCAAUAUGUCAUAUGCUUGAUGUACCAGCCAAGCCAGCUCUUUUUUUCUCAGUUCCCUUAUCCUUAGCGCAAAAGUAAAAAGAAAAUGAAAGAGAGUUUGUAUUUGCAAAUGAAAAUGAAUAUGGAUCUAAAUAAAUUAGAUAAUCAAUCAAUAAAUAAGAAUUGGAAUAAUAGAAAAAAUAUCCUUCGCCCCUUAUCUCUUCAUCAUCGUCGGUUCCGUCACUUGUGGUAUUCGUUUAGAAUCUUGUUGACCCUACUCGCUUACUCCUAUUUUCCUUAUUUCUUUUUCGACAUAAUUAAUUAGAACUUUCUUGAAAGAAUGGGGUUCUCUCUGGGGGGGCGCACCCUCUCUUCCUUUUUGAGAAAGAUGGGCUUGUUUUUUUUUUCAAUAAGUUCUAUUGCUUUGACACAUUUAGUAUAUAACAUAAUAUAUAUAAGAAAAAAGUACUAAAGGCGAAGGGCAUUCUGUUGUACAGCUACUUUGGUAUAGUUACAAAGGUAACCGGUAGGUGACUGUUGAAUCGACAGUAGUUACGAAAGGGGGAAAUAGCUCAGUUGGUUAGAGUGCUGGUCUGUCACGCCAGAAGUCGCGGGUUCGAACCCCGUUUUCCCCGCCCGAUCUUUCUUUCUUCCUGAGGUCAUACCUCUGCCACUUUACCCUGAGUUUCACUAAGGCAUAUAACCCCAUUCGGGUAAGAGGAGCAAGCAGUGGGGAACAUCUAUUUAUAUGCGUGUUAGCAUCAACAGCAUCUUUUUUCAAGUCAAUUACAUCGAUCCUCGGUGCUAGGUACUCAGGUAAGUCAAUCCUGAGGAUAGAACUAGAGCAAGUAAGCUCAUCGCACUAUCAAGUCAGUCAGGAAUUAGCGUAUAGAAACGUAUGCGCAGGCGCAACAAAGCGCUCAUCCCUUGUUCUUUCGCUUGGAAGCUCAAUCCCCUCGCUUCUUCUUUCGCCUCUACGCUCGUGCUUUCAGCAAGUUCGUACCAGUCGUCAGUCAAGGAGGGAGCUCCAACCUCCGCGCCUAGCCGCAGCCUAAACGCUGGUUCUAUCCCGGCCAAGCAAGCAAGGGGAACCCCGGUGGGAAGAGGGAAAGAAAGAUCAGGGGAAGAAGCGGGGUAGAGGAA